AUGCCACCCAAAGCAGAAGCUAUUGAAGAGCGAAUUGCUAAGGCCUCUGAGGCUAUGGAUCGAGAUCCUAGGCUCAAAGGAACGAAGGCUGCAGCCCAUUUUGGGGCCCCGUACGAUCGAUUAAUGGCCCGGCAAAGGGGUCGUCCUGCAAGCAACUCUCGGGGUGGACAUAAUAAAAAACUCUCAGUAUUACAAGAUGAGUCUUUAAGAGAUUAUCUCUUAAUACUCUAUACCUCCGGGCGAAGUCCUAAUCUGGAAGCGAUUUAA